CCUCGCAACCCCUGAAAACAAGUCAGCGCCAGUCCGCCUUCAAAUUUUUUUGUUCAAACUUUCAAAGUCCCAAUCCUCAAGUCCCAAAACAAAUCUUCGACCGGCAAAAUUUUGUUUGCUAUCAAUUCAGCCUGACUGCAAACAAAGACCAGACUGGACCCAGACAUUACUCAGUUCGUCGAGAAGUCAGUAUGUCUACCAGGUUCUAUCUCAAUCUGGAUCUCGCGCUCGAGCGACUUGACGUCCUCCUCAGCGGAGAUUCGAAGUCCAACCUCGAGCUUUCUCAGUUAGUCGUCGGCGACAGCACCAUCGAUCUCGACGCGCUCGCUGAUCGCGCGCUGGAUCCGAAAUAUACCCAGGCUGUGCUAUGUGCUUUCUACCCCUUGUUCCCCGAUCUUUCCGCGCGCUGGCUGUCGAGUGCGCGCGAUAGCUCUGUUGUCGCCCAGGCUUUUGCCCGUGUGCUGCCGCUGAUUCCUCACAUCGCUUCGCACGCAAUCGCGUUCUUCGAACACCACUCCUGGUCAGCGAAGGAUUCUCUCGAGGAUUUGAUCGCUCUCUAUCGUCUUCUGGAGUUUGACUUCCUCGUCUACGGAUCCUCCGUCGACCUGAAAUCAAUCGCCAACGUCAUCGACUCCACCUCCAGCGAUGCUGCUAGAUAUCUCGCCGUCAGAAUAUGGACCAUGCAUCUCGGUAUAUCCGACCAAGAGCGUCAUAGACUGGUCGAACAGCACCUCGGUGGAAUCCAGCACGAGCUAUUUGGAGACUACGAGGGAUCUUCAAAUGUCGAUUUCUUCUUCUUCGAACUCUGGGAAGCAAAGCGCAUUGCUUACUACAAAAAGUCGAUUGCCGAAAACAUCGACCUCUCGCCAUCCCCAAACGCCAUCUACUUUGAUGACUCGCAGCUUUCGGCGCGAACAGCGAAUCUGUGUGGCCUACUCGUUCCUCGUCAUAAGCCCCUCGAAUCCCCACCCCUCUCUAUCGUUCUCACCGAAACUACAAUCUACAACGUCAGAUCACUAGCCUCCGCCCUUCGUGCAAUGAACCCACUUCUCGUCACUGGCCCUCCCGGUUGUGGAAAAACCUUUCUCUCAGACUACAUCCUCUCUGCUCUCUCAAGAUCCACCAAGGACGUCGUCAAGCUGCAUUUGGGUGACCAAACUGAUACAAAGCUUUUGAUCGGUACCUACACGACCGGCGAAACUCCCGGCUCGUUUGUUUGGAAAGAAGGAAUUCUAGUCAACGCGGUUCGCGAGGGAAAAGUAAUCGUCAUCGAAGACAUUGAUAAAGCCCCAAACGAAGUCAUCAGCAUUCUCCUCUCCCUCGUCCAGCAGCGCCGAAUCAUCAUCCCCUCCCGCGGCGAAUCGAUCCAGGCUGGUCAUACCUUCCAGAUGAUUGCAACCGCUUCCGAACUCGAGUCCUCCGUCUCCAAAGAUUUCAUCGGCAGAGAGCUUUGGCACCAUGUCCGUCUGAGAAUGUUUACCGACCCAGAACUCGAACAGCUCCUCACAGUUCAGUUCCCGCGACUUGUGCAGCUGGCUCGGCUCAUGCGUGAUGUCUAUGUUCGCACCCGUGAUACCUACAAAGACCACAGAUUUCUGGCUCUUACAAGAGGCGCUCAAAACCGUAUCUUCUCCACCCGUGACCUGAUGAAGUGGGCUCGCAGAGUCGAUCUCGUGCUUUCCGAAGUGCGCACCUCCGACUCAUCCUCCUCCACAAACGAGAUUGCCUCCUCGACCUACGAAUGUGUCUUAUUCGAGGCUAUCGAUUGCUUUGCCGGCAGUAUUCGGGUCGCCGAGGCGCGCGACCUAAUCGCUGGUGUGAUUGGUAGUGCUAUGAAUAUCGAUCCUCACGUUCUCAGUCACUACAUCAACGCCUACGUCCCGCCGUUUGAAAACAGCGGUCCCGAAGUCGUUGUCGGCCGUGUGCGACUACAAAAAUCUCUGGCCGCGCGCAAGAGGAGAGAACUGGCCCCUUCUCUGUUCGCAUACACAAAACAUACCCUCAAGCACCUCGAAAAGAUCUCCACCUGCGUCAAGCUCAAGGAACCUCUUCUUCUCGUCGGCGAAACCGGAACUGGCAAAACCACAAUCGUCCAGCAACUCGCCUCCUCAAUCGGCUCCAAGCUCGUCGUCAUCAACUUGUCCCAGCAGACUGAUACCUCUGACCUCCUCGGUGGAUUCAAACCCGUUGAUGCGCGAUCAGUCGCUAUUCCCUUGCGCGAGGAAUUCGAGACCCUGUUUGAAGCUACCUUUUCCGCAAAGAAAAACGAGAAGUUUAAUAAGGUUUUCUCAAAGUGCUUUGCCCGAAAGCAAUGGGUUCACGUUAUUCGUCUGUGGAAAGAGUCCGUCAAGACCGCGAUGAAAACUAUAGCCAUGCAGACCGACUCCUCCGAGAACGCAGAGUCUGGCGACGGCAAACCCACCAAAAGGAGAAGAAUUAACGGAGUCAACGGCCGUGAUCUGGUCUCUUCUUGGUCGGUCUUUUCUCAAAAGGUUCAGCAGUUUGAGGCGCAGCAGGAAAACCUGAAAAACUCAUUCGUCUACCGGUUUAUCGAGGGUGCCUUGGUCCGCGCCGUGCGAAACGGAGAGUGGGUUCUGCUUGAUGAGAUCAAUUUAGCUACCCCCGAUACUCUCGAGAGCAUCACAGACCUCCUAGCCACCGACAGCGAAGGUGCGUGCAUCAGAUUAUCUGAAAAAGGCGAUAUGGAGCCCGUCAUGGCGCACCCCAACUUCCGACUCUUUGCGUGCAUGAAUCCUGCCACUGAUGUCGGCAAGCGCGAUCUCCCGGCUGGGUUCCGAGCUCGGUUUACCGAAGUCUUUGUCGAGUCUCCGGACCAGGAUAGAGAUGACUUGCUCGCUAUCGUCGAGAAGUAUAUCGGCCAGCUCGCAGUUGGAAGGGAUAACGAGGGCGCAUGCUCAGACGUCGCGCAGCUGUACUUCGAGGCCAAGACACUUGCUGAGAGCCAUCAGAUUGUCGACGGAGCUAAUCAGAAGCCACACUUCAGCAUUCGCACGCUCUCCCGCACGCUUCUUUACGUCAGAGAUAUCUCUCCCACAUUCGGACUGAGAAGAGCGCUCUACGAGGGCUUUUGCAUGUCGUUCUUGACUCUGCUUGAUAAACCGUCAGAGGAUCUUCUAGUGCCGAUCAUUAUCAAGUACACAAUCGGAAGACUCUCGAAUCCGCGCUCGGUGCUGAAAAAAAUGCCGCCGAAACCGGACGAAGGGGAGUACGUCCAAUUCAAGCAUUACUGGAUCGAAAUGGGACCUUCCGAAGUCGACGAACAGGCGCAUUACAUCGUCACACCUUUUGUGGAGAAGAACUUGCUGAAUCUCGUGCGGGCGACUGCCACCCGACGAUUCCCUCUGUUGAUCCAAGGACCGACAUCGAGCGGAAAAACCAGUAUGAUUGGCUAUCUUGCUAAGAAAACCGGUCAUAAGCUCGUUCGUAUCAACAAUCACGAACACACUGAUCUCCAAGAAUAUCUUGGAACCUACGUCGCAGAUGACCAAGGCCGACUCCAUUUCCAAGAAGGAGCACUUGUUGAGGCUGCGCGGAACGGCCACUGGAUCGUGCUGGACGAGCUUAAUCUUGCACCGACUGAUGUUUUGGAGGCAUUGAAUAGAUUGCUGGAUGAUAAUCACGAAAUCUUCAUCCCCGAGACGCAAGAAGUUGUCAAACCGCAUCCGCAUUUCUUGCUGUUCGCGACUCAGAACCCACCUGGAUUGUACGGCGGACGAAAGAACCUCUCGCGAGCGUUCAGAAAUCGCUUUUUGGAGCUGCAUUUCGAUGAUAUCCCCGAGGAUGAACUUGAGACUAUUUUGAAAGGAAGAUGCGAGAUUGCUCCGUCUUACGCAAAGCGCAUAGUCCAGGUUUACAAAGCACUUUCCACUCAAAGACAAUCGACUCGACUUUUCGAAAAGAACGGCUUUGCGACCCUGCGUGACCUUUUCAGAUGGGCCAAUCGGCCUGCUGUCGGAUACGAGGAAUUGGCCCGGAACGGCUACCUUCUUCUUGGUGAACGUGUCCGCAGCGACGAGGAGCAGCAGAUCGUGAAGUCGGUUAUCGAGAAGAUCAUGAGAGUCUCGCUUGAUAUCGACGAACUCUAUCGCCUUGACGGGUCAAAUCUAGACUCGGAGUCUGGGAUUGUGUGGAAUUAUGCUAUGCGCCGUCUGUACACGCUCGCCAGCGAAGCUAUCAAGAACAACGAGCCUGUGCUACUAGUCGGCGAGACCGGCUGCGGAAAGACUUCCAUCUGUCAAGUCCUUGCGAAAGAGUAUGGAAAGGCUCUGCAUAUCGUCAAUGCUCAUCAAAACACCGAGGCCAGUGAUAUCAUUGGCGCUCAGCGACCGCUUCGUAACCGCGGAGAGCUGCAGAACAUGUUGGUCGAGCAUAUUCGGAAUGUCCUUGGUCCCCAGGCUGCUGAGUUGACUUCGAUUGCGGAUCUCAUUGACGCCUUUGAGUCUUUUGCUAAGGAUGGGAAUGCGUCUCCUGAGACUGUACAGACUGUCGGCAAUCUGCGCAACAAGCUCAACGUUCUCUUUGAAUGGCAUGACGGUGCCUUGGUCCAGGCUCUGAAAACCGGAAAUUUCUUCUUGCUGGACGAGAUCUCUUUGACCGAUGACUCAGUCCUCGAGAGACUGAACAGCGUGCUCGAGCCCGAGCGGUCCAUUCUUCUAGCCGAGAAGGGAUCCCACGAGAGUCUGAUCACCGCUCAAGAUGGCUUUCAGUUCCUGGCGACGAUGAAUCCCAGCGGUGAUUACGGCAAGAAAGAGUUAUCGCCUGCCCUGCGCAAUCGAUUUACUGAAAUCUGGGUUCCCGCAAUCACGAAUGUCGACGACGUUUAUCAAAUAGUCGAGUCGAAAAUGCAGCCAAGUGAAGUCAAAUUCUUUGGUCGACCGAUGGUUGAGUUCUCGGUUUGGUUCUCGGAGACAUACAAUACCUCGAUCGGAACACAAGCUAUUGUCUCCUUGAGAGAUAUUUUGGCCUGGAUUGCGUUUGUGAAUACAGUCAAAGACAAGUCUCCAGAAGUGCGAUUGCUGCACGGUGCCUGCAUGGUUUAUAUCGAUACACUGGGUACAAACAACUAUGCCUACCUCUCAGAGAGUGCAGAGCUCCUAGCCCGCGAGCGGAUGCGAUGCGUUGAGUACCUGUCUAGCAUUGCGUCGGUGGAUCUGCGUCCUAUUUACACUUCAGCGGUGCAAGUCGCGGUUCUGGACGACCGGAUCGGGUUUGGCGAGUUCGAGCUCGAGAAACGAGUACCGUCUGAUGGAAAGUCAACGCAGGUCGAGUUUAGUUUCAAAGCUCCCACAACUGCCUUCAACGCUAUGCGAAUCAUCCGCGGUAUGCAGCUGAAAAAGCCGAUCAUGCUCGAAGGAAGUCCGGGAGUUGGCAAGACGAGUAUCAUGACAGCACUCGCUGCCGCUGCUAAUGUCGAACUCACUCGGAUCAAUCUCUCGGACCAGACUGAUUUGAUGGACUUAUUCGGUGCUGAUUCCCCUGCUGAAGGCGCUCGCAGCGGUGAAUUCGUCUGGCGAGACGCCCCGUUCUUGCACGCGAUGAAGAACGGGUACUGGGUUCUCCUUGAUGAAAUGAACUUGGCGUCGCAAUCGGUUCUAGAGGGCCUUAAUGCUUGUUUGGAUCACCGUGGCGAGGCCUAUAUCCCUGAGUUGGACCGAACGUUUGUGCAACAUCCUAAUUUCCGGGUGUUUGCUGCUCAAAAUCCACAUUAUCAGGGUGGCGGCCGUAAGGGUCUUCCAAAGUCGUUUAUCAAUCGUUUCACGGUUGUCUAUGUCGAUCUCUUGACCCCGUUCGAUCUGAAGAUUAUCACGAACCAGCUGUUUCCAUCCAUUGACGAGUCACUGGCGCAGUCGCUCGUGCAGUUUGUGUCUUCUCUAGAGAGGGAGGUUUCUGUGAAGAGAUCGUUUGGAAGACUUGGUGCGCCGUGGGAGUUCAACUUGCGUGAUACGCUGAGAUGGUUCCAGCUCCUGAUUGAAGCCGACAGGCGGAAAUGCCGCUGGACGGCCGAUGAGUUUCUCGAUAUCAUCGUCAAGCAGCGUUUCCGAACGAAGGAGGACCGGCAGGAAGUGACUUUGCUUUACGAGAAUCAGUUCUCUGUCAAGCUAGCUCAAAGACAUCUUUCUCUGGUUCUAUCUGACAACUAUCUCCAAGUCGGCCAUGCUAUUCUCGAGCGGAAGAAGUUACUGAGCGGCUACAAACUACCUGACAACAAGCUGGUUGCGCUGCAAUGUAACAUGGAGCCGCUUGAGUCUCUGAUGACAUGUGUGGAUAUGGCGUGGCCAGCUAUCAUUGUCGGACCGACUCGAUCAGGAAAGAGCAGUCUCAUUCGUCUUUUGGCUAGUCUUGUUGGCGCUGAUUUGGAGGAAUUCUCAAUCAACAGUGAUAUUGAUAGCAUGGAUAUUGUUGGUGGAUAUGAGCAAGUUGACGCUACUAGAAGAAUGUCGUUGCUGUGGAGUCAAAUCAGCGAGACGGCAAGAAGCGUUCUUGCUAAGUGUGGUCGCGGCGAGGUUCCUGUGACGGCAAAGCCUACUGCGAUUGCCCUGUACGAGAAGACAUUUACUGCUGAUCAUUCUUCUGUCUCUGAUCUCUUGGAAGCUGCACAUAUCGCAGGUCUUCUUGCCGAUACUGUUGGUGGUCAGCUGUCGUCUGUCCUCCGAGAGCUUGUUGUUGCCGUUGAGAACCUUCAGGCAUAUCUGUCAAACAUGGGAAAGCAAGCGGCAGCAUUUGAAUGGUUCGAUGGUACUCUUGUCCGCGCGAUGGAGGCAGGAAAGUGGCUAGUCCUUGACAACGCCAAUCUUUGCGGACCCUCUGUUCUUGACCGGCUCAACUCACUUUUGGAGCCGAACGGAGUCCUUGCAAUCAACGAACAGGGUCUCGAGGAUGGAAAGCUGAGGAUCGUCAAACCGCACCCUGGCUUCAGACUUUUCCUGACUGUUGAUCCUCGACAUGGAGAGUUAUCGCGCGCAAUGCGGAAUCGUGGUAUCGAGAUUUAUCUCAGCGAUUUGGAGCAGCGCGCAACUUCUUGGGAUCUCCAGGUUCUAUCUACAUCGGCUGACACCCAUGGCCGUUUGCUGAAUGAAUCGGACGAGUUAUCGCUUGAUCUCAAAGACUUGACUCUUAUGAACAAGUCUAGCAAGCAUAUGGCAAUCAACGAGCUUCCCGUCGACAUGGCUGACAUGCGAGUUUAUGGCCUAUUGGACUCGGUCGAGAUCUCCAAGGAACCCAAAGCUGAACGAGAACUCGCAGUCGCUGCUAUCGCACAUCUACCUAUAUCGCUCUUGAGCACAGUAUCGCGGUGGUCAAAGGCGCUCAACUAUUUCGAGUUCUAUGCGGAAUCUGAGACCUCCUUUGCGCAUAGUAUUGCUGCGAUUUACUCGGAGUUUGCUACGUUUCCCUACGCUGCGGAAGUUCUUGGAGCGUAUAAAAGCGUUGCCAUUGAAAAUUACGAGUCUUUUCAGUCUUUCUAUCCAUCGUCCAACCCGCAUGGCAUAUACUGGUUCGAAAAUCCAUUAACUGAUUGUGAGAAAUCAUUGAUCUCGCUGUUGUAUGAGGCAACUUUUGCAGCGAUGGAUCUCGAAUCUUGCUUGAGUGCCACAACUAGCAGAGCUAAGACUCUAAGAGCCUCCAAACUGAACUAUUUGGAGAGAUCUGCCGCGGCCAGUUACAAGCGUUCGAGUUCUGCAGACUAUUCCUCGCACCUGUUUGAGGUUGUUUCGGCCACGAUUCAGCUCAUUAGCAAGUUCGUGAGGUCUGCAAGUCUUCAGACUGCGCAAUCCGAAACUGUUCAUGUGUCCUCGGAAAUUUUGAAAACGUUGAGGGGAGUCAUUGCUCUUGCUCAGCACGCUCAAGUUGACGAAAGCCAGUUUCCGAUCUUCCAUGACAUCUUUGAUGCCUAUGCACUUCGGAUAGAAGAGAUUGGAGAUCCUUUCAUUCAGAGUUCAGAAUGGAAUAACUGGAAGAUAGCACUGGAUGCUUUCACCAAACGACUUUCUCUCGUGAGUGGAAAGUCCAUGGAAAUCAUCUGGUCAAAACUACGCCCUGCUGUUCCGAAAUCGUAUGAGACGUGGGAUCUGUAUAGUCAGCUGCUCUCUUGUUCCCAUAAAUUGGAUGAAGCCACGAAGGAUAUGGAUAUGGACGGCUUGGAGGAGCUGAUUGGGCUUCAGAGAAGAAUAUUUGCCGCUGCUGAUAUUCUACUAUAUGACGGAUCACAGUCGACGUCGACUAUUGAGAACUUAUUGAUGGAUUGUGCUUCUUUCUUGUCUAGCUUACCCCAAACUCAAUUGAAGAAGGGGAAUAAAUCUGCUUGGCGCAGAAUCUUGGGCUAUGUACUGGCCAGUAAGAGCCUAAAAGCAUCUGCGACCAUUGGUGGAAAUUCCAUUGACUUGAAGUUGGCAAAUCUGUCAGGAAUCAGUUUGUCUGUGGGAAUUGAUUGUAUCAGAAGUAAAACUAUGUCUGGCAAAAACUUCUUGGAUUUCUUGCAUCUCUUUUCUUCGCUCGACGACUUUUCAUUGUCUGUAUCAGAGCUUUUCGGCGGAAAAGUGUUACAGGAGUUCAUCAUGAAACUGGACUCUGCCGAAUAUGGACGUAUUCGAGAUGUCAUUGAAAUCCGGAAAGAGCUGUCAGUAUACGGAAAGGAAGUUGCCGGGAACGCGAAUAUCAUAUCACUCUCAAAGCUCAAAUGGCUUAUGGCGGGCCUCAUAGAGCACAUGAGAAAUAUGCUUCUCGCACACAUUCCCGAGGAAGUUCGACCCCUUGUUGGAGAUCAAGAAUCCGCCUCUACAAUUUCGGAUGCGGAGCUAGCUUCAUUGGUUCAGAUCCACGCUCCCGAUGCCAGCGUCUUGCUGCAGUGUGUUGAAGAAGCUCAUCAGAUCAAUGAUGAGAUUGACUCAUACCCACAGCAAAGAGUUGGUGCCCUGUUUAUACGCUACGCGUCUCUGCUGUUGCAUCUUUAUAUCCCGAAUGUUCCUCACGAUCCAGCGAUAAAACCUUAUGUGAAAGCAUACUUUUUGACCGAACAGCGAUCUGAAGUUUCCUCGCAGUUGCGAGCUGUACAGAUUGUUGAACGCGCAUUUGUUGGUGAUGAGAAGAGCAUUCGUGAGGCUGAACUCGAGCAGCAGUUGAGCUCUCUGGAAGUUGAAGGGUUUGAGCCUACGUGUUAUCGACCUGAAGUCUCUCAGUCAAAAGCUUUUUUCCAAGAGAUUUCGCGAUUUUUACAGGGAUAUGCUACGCCUGACAAGGCUAAUGAGCUCUGGGGCGACAUCAGUGCUGGAAACGAGAGAUCCAAAAAUGUCUCCGAGAUGUUUCACCGGAUCUCCUCUCAAUUUAUCGAACGACUCAAGUCUCAGUUCAAGUACUACACUGAUUUGUUUGAUCCGGUAGUGGAGUUUGUGACUAUGAUGCGCCUUGGCGUUGGACUGGUUUCUGACAUCAGCAUUUCAGCUUCAAAUACUGAUUUCUCUGCGUUCACUUGGCUUGUUGACAGCUCUCUUUUUGGAAGUGACCGUGUGGCGAGCAUUUCUGAUAUCUUGCAGACUGUGAAAAGCCUCAAUUUCUCGCAGAGACUGUCAUCAAAAGUUACCACAACGCUGAUACAGUGGCUUCAAAUCCGCUACUCCUACACAAGUGAGCGUGAUACGACUAUUCUGUCCGGAAUUGGUCAAAUUUUCAAGCAGCUAUAUUAUAACUGGUCUUUGAACAAAAGCCGCCUAGAGGCAGAGCAGAUGGCAAAGACCACUGUGUACAAGGCCAACGACGACGAAGAUGACGACGAAGAAUUCAAGUCUAUGUUCCCUGACUAUGAAGACUUUGUGUCUGUUGAAUCCGUCGAAACCAAGUUUGAUGAGGAAAGUUUCACUCAGGAAGUGUGUUCCGCGUUUCUGGCACUUUUUGAUCAGAUGGCCGCCAAUCCAUCGGUUCAGUCCACAGUUCGCAAGUCCUUCAGUUUGCUCAACGAGAUCGAUUUUUCAAUGCUCUCUUUCAAAGACUCUGAUAUUCGAACGACAAUCAGUUCAGUCGUGCUAGAGUUUUCGCAAGUCUUUGACGAUGUUUCAGGUACUGGUUCUGCAAAGCUGAACUUCUACACCAGCAGCAGUGCACUAGAGAGUGAAAAGGCUGUGCGCAUCUUUCUCACUCUCAGAGUGCGUCUCGUCCAGCUGGUAGAACGAUGGCCCGAGAACGAGAUUCUUGGCGACUGUCUGAGAUUUUGUGACGACUUCCUCGAUCUGCCGACCACUGUGCCUGUUGCUCGCAUGCUCAUCUAUGUCGAGAAGCAGCUGGGCGUUCUUCACGAGUGGCAGAAAGUGGCCAGUCGGGAGUUUUCGGUCACCGAUCAUAUCGAUAUUCUGAGCAAAUUGGUCAUUGAAUGGAGAAAGUUUGAGUUGUCUACUUGGGCGAGUCUCUUUGAUGAAGAGGUUGCAAAAGCAGAAAAUGGCAUCGCCAAAUGGUUCUUCUAUCUCUAUGAAAACGCUAUUGCAAUCCCUGUGCGACUUUGCGCCGACAAUGAGAGAAUCUCCGAUCAUGUUUUGGAGCUUGCUCAAGCAGUCACCGCUUUCAUUGGAAGUUCGCCAAAGGGGCAGUUUGAAAAGAGACUUAAAUUAGUCCGAGCGUUUUCUCUUUACUCCUUCACAUUUCCAGGACUAUCCCAAGUCGGUGAGGCUCUACGAGCAGUGGACCGGCUAUACUCACAGUUUGUUCCUAUCGUGGCCAAAUCGAUUGCAUCGCAGCGGAAAGUCUUGGAAAAAGAGGUGACUGAAACUGUUCUACUUGCCAGUUGGAAGGAUACAAACUUCAUUGCCCUCAAGGAGAGUGCGCGGAGGUCUCACCACAAACUCUACAAGUCAAUCAGAAAAUUCCGUGAGGUCCUCGACCAGCCGGUUCGGCCAUUGAUAGAUGGCGGACUGGAGAGUCUGGAGGCUAAGUCCACACCCUCCGCUACGAGCCUGGCAAGCGGUGUCUCUCUGGACCAAGAACUUCUCGAGCGAAGUCUUCAUAUCUGCUUGGGCAUAAGCUCUUGGAGCGAGCGCCCGGAGCGAUUGACUGCUAUCGUGCCUACGAUUAGCCGCAUCAGAGGCUUUGUUUCAGACUGUAUAACUCUGGAAAUCCCUUCGCUCGCUGAGUACGCGGAUGGUCUCGUCGACGAGAUGCAAAAGCUACGAAAGGAGACACCCGCCGUUCUCAACGAAGAGACCAAGCAUGCUGUUCAGUUUUUGAAGGCCAGAAAAACUAAGCUUCUCAGCGAGACUUUGAAGGAGCUCAAGGCAAUGGGUCUCAGAUUCCGCGCUCGUGCUGAUGUCGUUGAACGGCAGGACACUGUGGUGAAAAUUCUUCGCGGGACUAAGGUUCUGGAUGGACUUUUGCCUAGUGAUACGCAAGACUGGUUCUUCAGAGUUCUUGAGUUCAUGCCACGAGUUCGAUCUCUGACUUCAAAUCAUUCUGAGGAACUGACACCUGGACAAAUUCAGCGAGGACUAGGUAUUUCCGAGAAUUUGCUGAAUGUAUUGCUUAUGCAACGCGAUGGACUAUAUACAGCCAAAACCGCUCAGGAAAGCUUUACUUCGCGCUAUCUUGAGUUUGUUUCGCUGCGAACGGUGUCCAAGUCUGAGCCACUUCAUGAAUUUGACAUCCGCGGCCAAAUGAUGCCGGAUUUGCUACGCAAGAUCAAGCUAAGCAGGGCAGUUAUGAACGUCGCUAGUUCGGCUGCUGUUGCUCAUGCAAAGUUCUGUGAGGACAGUGACGAUAAAGUACUACAAUCUCUCACGAAGUGGACAUCUCGAUUGGCUACUCUUAUUGAAAUCCUUGAGUCCGUCACAGUCCCGUCUACGCUUUGCGUCAUCAAUUCUACAUCAAAUGGCAUACUCCAGACUAUCAAGACGGAUCUGGAGAGUUGCGAUGCGGAAUUCAGCGAACUCUCGGAUUCCCGAGAAUCGUACGCCUAUAUUCUGCUUGGCGUUCGAUCUUUCUUUGCUGAGGAGUUUAGCAACUGGGGAAGUGUCACAUCAACUCGACAAGAGUUGGCUGACAUCGAAAGUUUGGAACUGGCUUUGCGAUCGCUAUCCGACUCUAUUCUCGUCGUCGUGCAGGAAGUCCGCCAGCUUAUGUCUGAACCGAUUUCUGUGGAUGAUGAGGAUUGGAUUCCGAAAAUGAUGCAGUGUACGACUAAAGUGCUGCAAAAGUUGCAUAUCGGAAAUGUCUCGAAGGCUAUUGAGAAGUCUCUUGAUGUUGUCAACAGUUUGGAUAUCAAGUCAUCAGAAAGUAUUGGUGCCUUAUUCUCAAUCACUGCUCCGUUUGUCGAUGAGUAUCGAUCAUUCAUGGACCAAGUACUGAUCAAAUUUGCUACUCAACAUAACGAGAUGUCUCAGUCGGGUUUGACUUUACUGAAAGCUUUCAACACUGUUGCUACUAACGGUUACUGCUCUCCGCAAGAACCGAGUGACAAGGAGGAAAGCUCCAAUCUUCAACAGGGUACUGGCCUCGGCGACGGCGACGGUGAGCAGAAUAUCAGCAACACCGUUGGCGACGAUGAGGAUCUGAGCGAUCUCGCCAAUCAACCUGAUGACAAGAAGGAGAAGGAUGAUGGAGCCGAUCGAGAGGAGCAGGAUAAUGCAGUCGACAUCGAUGGUGAUAUGGAGGGCGAUCUCGAGGACGUUGAUCAGUCGGGAGAUGAAAACGAGAGCGGAAGUGAUGGUGAGCAGUCAGAGGAGGAGAUGGAUGAAGAGGUUGGAGAAGUUGACGAUCUCGAUCCGACUGCUGUUGAUGAGAAGAUGUGGAACGAUGAUGUCAAAGAUGAAACAUCCAACGACAAAAGCACCGAUCAACAGCUUCAGGAUACAACUACUAUGGAUGAUUUGGCUGCCAACCAGGAUGAACAGGAUGCCCCGACCGACAACAACCAAGAUAAGGAAAACGACGACGCAGCUGACGAACAAGAUAUGGACGAUGAUGCUGAAGAAGAGGAAGAAGGUGCCAUGGAUCAAGAAGAUGCUGUUCAGAACGACGACAAACAAAUGGAAAGUACGGCUCCGGAAGGCGAUGCUCUUGAUCUUCCUGAGGAUAUGAAUCUCGACAACGAAGAGGAAGGCGAAGGUGGAGAAGAGAAAGAUGACGACGAUGAAUAUCCACCGGAAGAGGAUCCACUUGAUAGUAAGAUGGAUAUCGAAGAGAUGCCGAAUUCUAAAGACGAGCCAGCAGAUGAUGAUGAAGGUCAGGAAAAGAUCCCAGACGUACCCGAUCCAGAGGCUAUGGAUGUUGAUGAAGAAAAUGAAGAGGAGGAAGCUAAGGGCGAUAUUGAGGGUGGAGAUGGAGACAGUGGAAGUGACGACGAUAUGAAUGGCGAUGAGGAAGAAAUGGAUGUUGAGGAUGAGGGAGAGAACCAAGUCACAGACGGCGUUGAUCAAGAAGUUACAGAAGGGGAAGAGGCGAAGACUGAGGAGGAGAUUGCAAUUUCGCAGAGUGAAGGAGCGCAUGGUCCUGAGGAAUCCAAGGCAGAUGAAGAAGAGAACGAGGCAGCUUCGAAGGGUGCGGCAGAUGGUUCGAAAGACUCUGGACGUGACUCGGGCGCACAAGACGCAACCGAGGAAUCCGCAUCGAAAGAAGGCGGAGCUGCAUCGAAGGACUUGCCAACGCAAGAUGUUUCCUCAAAAGACGAGAAGAAUGAGAAUACUGGAGAGGCGCAAAGACAACUCGGCGAUGCAAAGGAAGAGUUCCAUCGGUCUGCCAAGGAGAUUGAAGAUGUCGCAGAUGCUGAGAUCGAGAAAGAUGUUGACUCAAAGCAAGAGAAUGCGGAAAGUUACCGACAUUUGGAAGAGAAUGAGGCUAGCCACGAUACUCAAGCUUUAGGCAUGGCCUCGAACGAUCAGCAACAGACUAUCGACGAAGAAAUGGCAGUCGACGACGAGGUCGAAAAGACCGAAGACCUUGCUGAAGCGAUCGACGACGCGACUGAUAAUGCGAACGAAACUGCUGAUGAUGAUGGCGAAACCAAGCGUACCGUCACAGGAGGAAUAAUCGGUGAACGCAAACCUGCAGUGGAUGAGAUGGAAGUUGACAACAUGACCAAGCAAGAGUUUGAACAUGAAAUCAAUGAGGAAGAGACCCCUGUCACUGCGGCUAUCCAAGUUGUUGAUAGCAAAGAUACACCGUAUCGAAGCUUAGACGAGGCCCGAGAUGUAUGGCAGCAGCACGAGCGAACUACUGGUGAUCUAUCGAAUGCGCUAUGCGAGCAGCUGCGACUCAUUUUGGAACCCACUCAAUCUACCAAACUGCGCGGUGAUUUCCGGAGCGGGAAACGUCUCAAUAUGAAACGGAUCAUCCCGUACAUUGCGAGUGAAUUCAAGAAAGAUAAGAUUUGGCUCCGACGAACAAAGCCGAGCAAGCGCGAGUACCAGAUCAUGAUAUCGCUCGAUGAUUCGAAGUCUAUGAGCGAGUCUAAGAGUGUUAAUCUAGCUUUUGAUACACUCACGCUUGUAUCAAAGGCUUUGGAAAGAUUGGAGGCAGGACAGGUCUCGAUUGUGCGGUUUGGUGAGCAAUGCGAGGUUGUGCAUCCGUUCCAAAAGCCGUUCACUUCCGAAGCAGGCGCUCACGCAUUCCAGUGGUUUGGUUUCGCACAGACACGAACGAAUAUGUACUCGCUUGUUGAGAACUCGAUCAGUCUUUUCGAUGAGGCGCGAGUUGAUUCAGCCAAGGGAGAUAUGUGGCAGUUGGAGAUCAUCAUUUCCGACGGAGUGUGCGAGGAUCACGAAAAGUUGCGACAGCUGGUUCGACGAGCGCGAGAGCAGAAGAUUAUGAUGGUGUUCAUCAUCGUCGACGGACUUACAAAGGGCGGAAACUCUGAUACUGCGUCGUCUAUCCUUGAUUUGAAGCAAGUGAAAUACUAUCCAGAUGAGGAUGGGACGCAGAAGAUGAAGAUGACAAAGUACUUGGAUACUUUCCCCUUUGAGUUCUAUGUUAUUGUGCGCAAUAUUGCAGAGCUGCCAGCGGUUUUGUCUCUUGUGCUUCGACAGUAUUUUUCAGAGGUUGCAGAUUUAGCAUGAAGAUAGGAACAAAAUUUGGUGUUAUUUGUACGAUAGUAAUGUUUGA